AUGGACACAACUACAUCGAGGAGGCCGUGGAAACUAAGAGCUAUGACAGGAACGAGAUACAGUGAAGUGUUUGCAGACGAAUUGGGUCGCUUUACUGGUGGUAGGGUGAGCAUACAUUUGCGCGAGGGGGCGCGGCCGGUGUUUAUGCGAGCGCGGCCGCUCGCAUACGCGCUGCGCGAGCCUGUGGAGCGCGCGCUGGAGCAGCUAGUGAGCGAUGGCGUGCUCACUCCUGUCGACCGCUCCGACUGGGCUACGCCCAUCGUGCCAGUGGUCAAGAAAGAUGGUAACAUCAGAAUAUGCGCUGAUUACAAAUUAACUUUAAAUAAAGUGUUGGAUGUCGAUCGUUACCCUUUGCCUAGAGUGGAGGAUUUACUCCCGCGGUUACAUGGUGGGGAAUAUUUUUCAAAAAUAGAUUUAUCUCAAGCCUAUGCGCAGUUUGUACUGGAUGAUACUUGUAAUUGCACAGUGAUUAAUACGCAUAAAGGCCUGUUUCGAUAUAAUCGAUUAGUGUAUGGUCUCGCGUCUAGUCCGGGAAUAUUUCAAAGGAAGUUAGAACAAUUGUUUGGGCAUAUACCAUUUGUAGGGGUAUUCCUGGAUGAUAUUAUUAUUAGUGGUAGGGAUAGUCACUCACACUUUGAAAAUCUGUGCAAAGUUUUCGAGAUAUUGAAAUCUAGUGGUCUUAAAGUAAAAAAAGAAAAAUGCAGUUUUUUUGCUGAAUCAGUUACUUAUUUAGGAUAUGUUGUCUCAAAAAAGGGAGUUCAUACUUGUCCUGACAAGGUCAAAGCUAUAACGAACACCCCGGCACCCACAAACGUAAGCGAAUUACGAUCACUCUUAGGUAUGGUAAUGUAUUACGGUAAAUUUGUUAGGAAUAUAAGUUUCAUUUUAGCUCCGUUAUAUGAGUUAUUACGGUCAGGGGUUCGAUUCGUAUGGACGGAAAAUUGUGAUAAGGCUUUUCGGGAGGUAAAGCGGUUAUUAAUAUCGAGUGAAGUAUUAGUGCAUUAUUCGCCUGAUUUGCCUUUAAUCUUAACGACGGAUGCAAGUAGUUUAGGUGUCGGCGCGGUCAUUACACACACGACACAGCAUGGAGAACGCCCCAUAGCUUAUGCAUCGCGCUCGCUAACAAAAGCCGAGCGGGCAUAUUCACAAAUUGAGCGAGAGGCUCUGGCUAUUAUCUAUGGUGUAAAGAAGUUUCACCAAUACUUAUAUGGUAGGCAUUUCACCUUGAGAACCGAUCAUAAACCAUUAACUUCAAUAUUUGGUAGCAAGGCGGGCAUACCAAUCAUGGCUGCAAGUCGUAUGCAACGAUGGGGGGUGUUACUGUCCGGGUAUACUUACAAUAUAGAAUAUGUACCAUCCGCUAAAAAUAACGCGGAUGCUCUGUCGCGGCUACCACUCUGUUAUAGUGAAGUUAGUCCGGUGAACGAAAUUACCUAUUUGAAUUUUGUAGAAAAUUUCUUACCAGUAACUCAUAACGACGUUAGGAAGGCGACGGCCGCUGACACUAUAUCGAGUCGACUUCUAAUAUAUACUCAAGCAGGGUGGCCAAACCAAUGUACGGAUGAAACAUUAAAGUCGUACUUUGUAAGACGUAAUGAAAUUUAUUGUGAAAACAACUGUCUAAUGUGGGGAUAUAGAAUAAUAAUUCCUAUGUCGUUGCGGCCACAAAUACUUCAACAAUUACACAGUAGUCACAUGGGCAUUGUAAAAACUAAAUCAUGGGCUCGUAGUUAUGUAUGGUGGCCAAAUAUUGAUGCUGACAUUGAGCAGUUGUGUCGUAGUUGUUCAACAUGUGCACUCGAGAUGCCAAUGCCCCAGAGGGCGCCACCACAAUUGUGGCCAUACAUACCCCAGCCGUGGUCACGAUUACAUAUAGAUUUUUUAGGACCAUUGCAUGGACUAACGUAUUUUGUUGUGAUAGAUUCGACAUCUAAAUGGCUAGAAGUCUUUCAAAUGACACGCACAACAGCCGGAGCGGUAGUAAAAACACUAAGAGAAUUGUUUGCUAGGUUUGGGUUACCCGUAGAAAUUGUGUCUGAUCAGGGACCACCAUUUACCAGUAGUGAGUUCAAAAACUUCCUUGCAACUAAUGGUAUAUUUCAAAGAUAUUCACCGGCAUAUCACCCUGCCUCUAACGGGGCCGCAGAGAAUUCUGUUAAAUUAUGUAAAAACGUCAUUAGAAAGGCAAUUAUUGACAAAACGGAUAUAGAUACAGCGUUACAAACAUUUCUUUUAACAUAUAGAAAUACAAUACACGGAACUACAGGGGUGACACCGGCUCAAAUUUUGCAAAGACGUUCAUUACGUUCUAGGUUAGAUUUAUUAAGAUGCGAGAGAGCGGUAACCGAUUCUGUUAGGGUGCAACAACGUCAUCAAACCGAUUAUGCAGGAGGUAAAUUACGACACUUUGAACCAGGUGAUCCUAUUUGGUUUAGGGAUUAUAGAAACCAACAAAAAUGGGAAAAGGGUUCUGUAGUAAGUAAUUCUGAUUCACGUCGUAUGUCGGUCAGAGAAAGUAACGGUCGACAACACACAAAACAUAUAGAUCAGAUCCGACGUAGAUCACGUAUGUCUGAUGUUCCUUGUUCGUUGGAAGAGGAGAACACUAAAGAGAGCAACAACAGCAAUUCUGCCACUAAUAUAAAGGUAGCAGACAGUACAGAAACAGUGCUAAAUGACGAAGGAGGUGGAAUAGACAGUAGUGAGCAGGGGGUGGCGCAGCAGCCGAAAGAAAUUGAAGGUUCACCCUUGAAUUCCAGGCAUUUACCAAAUCCACUACUUCCACCACUAGUACAGCGACCCAAAAGAGUGCGCAAACCAGUUCAAAGAUUUAAUUUCGAUCCAGAAUAA